AUGGCAGUCAAGAAGAAAGAAAUCCAGCUCCAGAUGCAAAUAACUGAUGAAAACCAGUGGAGUGAGAUGUUGCUGAUGAAAGGUGUAGUAGUAAUAGAUGUGUAUCAAGCCUGGUGUGGUCCUUGCAAAGCUGUGCUGAAUUUAUUCCGGAAGCUGAAGACUGAGUUCAGUGAGGAUGAUAUACUGAAUUUUGCUGUGGCAGAGGCUGACAACAUCGAGGCUCUGCAGCCACUCAGGAAUAAAUGUGAACCUGUGUUCCUGUUUUGUGUUAAUGGCAAAAUCAUCUCCAUCGUGAAAGGUGUCAAUGCUCCUCUUCUAACCAAGAAAAUAAGAGAGCUAGUGCUGGAAGAGAGAGCAAUUGCAUCUGGAGAGAAGGAGCGCACCAUGGUAGAAGAAAUUGAUUUGCAUGAAGAGGAGCCAUCAGAAGAGCCUGUUGAGGAGACCCCACCUCAGGAAAAAGGAGUCAAAUAUUCUCUUGGAAUUAUAAAACCUGAUGAUGUCUCAGAGGGACGUGUAGAAGAAAUUAAAAGCCAGAUUACAAAUGCAGGAUUUAGCAUCGAAGCAGAAGAGGAGAGAAUACUAACUGAAGAGCACAUCAGAGCCUUCUAUGCCUGUAAAGCAAAGCAGCCUGAUUUUGAAGAUUUUCUUCAAUUCAUGCAAAGUGGACCCUGCCACAUUCUGAUCGUCAGUAAAAACACACCAACUGAUGCUAUUCCUAACUGGAAAGAACUAGAUGAGAUGAGUAAAAGUGUUGAUGAGGCUGAGAAGCCAGACAGGGGGGAAGAAACUGUGGAAACUGGGGCUCUAUUAAAUGUAUGUGAUAUGGAAGACAGCAUAGAAAAUGCCAGCAGACAACUUGCCUUCUUUUUCCCAAAUUUUGAUACCCACAAGACAGGAGAAAGAAUGGAAAAAACUUUGGCUUUAAUUAGACCAAGUCUCCUAAAGGAAAGACGAGAGUCAGUCCUGCAAAGAAUAAAGGAUGAUGGCUUCAAAAUAGCAAUGCAGAAAGAAAUCACCCUGACUGAAGAACAAAUACGUGAAUUUUACAAAGAGCAUGUAGAUCAAGACUACUUCCCAGUCCUUCUAGAGCAAAUGACCAGUGGUCCAACUCUCAUACUUGCUCUAACACGAGAGAAUGCUGUAGCACGCUGGAGAGAUUUAUUAGGCCCAAAGACUGUGGAGCAGGCUAUGAAGGAAAAUCCAAACAGUUUACGUGCACGGUAUGCAGUCAGCAACGUACCUAUUGGUCAGCUGCAUGGUAGUUCCACACCUGAUGAUGCUCAGAAGGAACUGGAAUUCUUCUUCCCACAGGAGCACACUUUGGCAUUAAUCAAACCUGCUGCGGCUGCAAAGCAUAAAGAUGACAUCUUGCAAAAGGUGAAGGAUGCUGGAUUUACCAUCUCAAAGAUUAAAGAAGAAUCUUUAACUCGUGAGAUGGCUUCACAGUUUUAUAAGGAUCACAAAGGAAAACCCUUUUUUGAAGACCUGUUGUCCUGCAUGACUGAGGGCCCAUCAGUGAUAAUGGUCUUAACAAAGGAAAAUGCUGUGGAAGAGUGGAGGCAUCUUAUGGGUCCAGUCGAUCCAAAAGUGGCUAAAGAGACCUCUCCUGAAUCAAUUCGAGCUCACUUUGCACAAGAUAUUUUGUCUAAUGCUGUUCAUGGAUCAUCAACUAAGGAACAUGCACAGGAAAGCAUUGAGUGUGUAUUUGGAGAGCUCGAUCUAGAUUGA